CACACACACAUAACCAAUUUCUUUCUCUCUCUCUCUCUCAAACACACACACCAAAACACACACACGCACACAUCCAGACACGCCCCCACAGGGAACACGAGGCUGAGGCAGGACACCCCGAACCAGUCAGGGUCAAGAGACCGUGGAAGCAAGACGUGUGGUCUGCUCUCUCCGUCUCGUUUCGUCGUCGCGCACUCGCUUCGAUACAGACGAGUUUUUCCCCCGUGGAGAAGCUUCGAUAUUUUUUUUCUUUUUUUCUUUUACUUUUCGCGCACGCCUCCUUUUGUCUUCGUAUUUUGUUUUUUGUCUUGUUUUGUUCUGUGUUGGAGGGAGUGAGGGAGACAUAAGAGGGACGCGGAGGUUAGACACAGAGAGAGAGGGUGAGAGAAAGAAAGAGAAAGAGAGAGAGAGAGAGAGAGACGGUGUGAACACUUGAGUGAAUAUCAAGUGGAACUCGGAGCCUGCAGACUCGGACGGCCCGCGAAAGGCGGCGAGGAUCGCUGACGCCGAGGUGGAGGGAGAGGGCGUCGAAGGAGGGGGAUCCUGGUGCCGGGGACGUGGUCUUACUCGGUCCUGCUCCGAGCAGGGGAGAGCCACCUGACGGAAGUGCGUCCAGGCCCUCCGCGCACACGAAGGCUCAGCUGGUGACCCUGGUGGGCGCGAGAGAGGAAUACUUAGUGCUCAGGUGGGCGUGCCUAGCUGGUCGGUCGGUGUGGCCCGCGGGCCGCACUGGCGUCAUGGGCGUGCGUGUGCGGAAGUGGAGGAGGGCCGCACUGCUGAGGCAGCUGGGUGGCAAAGCCGGGCCUUUCAGCCGAAGAUAAGCCUUAUGACCUACCCGGCCCGAGGUGCGGCCCACCUGGCCACGGUGCUGGCCGUGCUGCUGGCCAUGGUGGCCGUGGCCGCGACGGGCGCCAAGCCCAUGCCGCCGCCGCCCGCGCCGCUCAACGCCUCCGCCUUCUCGUCCUCCGAGGACUACUACUACGACUACUACGACUACGAGUACGACGUCGCGCCGCCCAACCUCAACCUGAGCGAGUUCCGGCUGCCGGGGGAGGAGGGAGGCGGCGCCCCCCACAUCCCGCGCUACAUGCUCGAGCUGUACAACGACCAGGCGACGAGGCGCUCGCACCCGCUGCCCGGCGCCGACCUCGUCAGGAGCUUCGAGGCCACAGCGAUGGAUAACCAAAGCGAGAUGGAGGAACACCACAACUCAGUGCCCACACGUGUCCAUUAUUUGGGUUUCAACGUGACGGUUCAUCACAGGGAGAGGGUCACGAGAUCUACUCUUAGGCUCUAUGCUCUCAUCACACGGGACCAGUACGCUUACAUAGGCGUGGAGCGUCGCGUUCGAGUAGUCAUGAAGCAGUCCGGAGGCCCCAGUGGCGCAGAGGGUGACGCAGAGACUGUGACGGUGUGCCAGCGUGAUGUUUACGAAAUGCAGAACGUGUGGGAGACCUUUGACGUCACUUCGGCUGUCCGGUACUGGCUGGCGAACCCCGACGAGCCGCAGGUCCUCCAGAUCUUGAUUGAGUCCGUGUUCUCGACCGUGGGCGACGGCGGAGACCUGGACGUGGCCACGGUGCCCCACACGGACAUCGAGCCUCUCCUUCUGGUGUACUCCUCCGUCAGGCACCGCCGCCAGUCCAAGGAGGAGCUGGACCAGAUGAUCUCUCACGAGUACGACAAUCCGGUGACGAAGAGGCAGCGGCGUGCCCUCCGCCCCGGAGCCAGUCCGAGGGCUCACAGGGUAAAGAGAGAGACUGGCACCGAACCCCGACUUCGAAGAGUGAGGAGGAACACAGCAGCCGAGGAACAGGAGGAAGAGAGUAAUCAGAUCUGGGAAGGAGAGCAGGAUUACACGGGUCUCCCCUCGCACGCGCACAACUCCCUUGCAGUCUUCCCUCCUGCAGAAGGCCGACGGAAGGGCAAGAGGAGGAGGGCGAAAAACGCGUGCAAGAGGAAACCUCUCAAAGUUGACUUCGAGGACAUAGGUUGGCAUAAGUGGAUCAUCGCUCCUCCGGCCUAUGAGGCCUAUCAGUGCAGCGGCAAGUGCUUCUACCCGCUGCCGUCCCACCUGAGCCCCACGAAGCACGCUGUGGUUCAGAACCUGGUUCAUUCUCUCCACCCUGACCGAGCGUCCAGAGCCUGCUGCGUCCCGACUCUGCUGGGACCCAUCUCUCUGCUUUACCUGGAAAAUAAUAUCCCUACUUUCAAAUACGAUUACGAUGAUAUGGUCGUCCUCGAGUGCGGUUGCAGAUAGUCGAUGGGGGCGGAUGAGAGGUGACCUUCUCUUUUCGAGGAAGUGAGGGUUUUGUUUGGUGUAUUGUGCGAGUUUUUCUUUUUUCUUUCUUUCUUUCUUUCUUUCUUUUCUUUAUUUCUUUUUGGAAAAUAAAGCAAAUGGAGUAUUUGAGACGAUGGUUGAUGGUUGUGUAUAAAAACAGACGUUCUUGAGUCAGUGCUGUCUUGCCUCGUCAGGUAAUUGUUGGAAUAUUAUCUGGGCAAGACCUAAACAAACCAGUGUGUCUUCCACUGUCUCUCUCGCCAUGUUAAAGGGGCAGUUGUGGCUUACAGUGUGCCAUGUCCUUUUUUUAAUUACAGAAAUGUACUAACAAAACAGGGAGAGGAUUAUUAUUGUCUUGUAAGUCACUACUUACUGAGGAAAUGUUACUGUUUGGAAUGUCACAGGGAUGUAUUAUGUUUUUUUUCCAUAUAUAUACUUCAGCAUAUGUACUGUAAAUAAUUUAACUUGUGAAUAACUUUAGAUGGAUUGAUAAUGAAAAAAUAUAAUAGUUGUAGGAACAGAGGAUUUCAAAAAACACUAUUUUUUCCCCUCUUUUUAAGAUGUACAGUUUACCAUUACUCUAUAGCAUGCCAUAUAUUUUAAUACAUUGUAAAUUAUAUACCACCUAUGAUAAAAUAUAUACACAUUAAGGUACAAUAAAGGUUGGAAUAGAUUAACAUCA